UCUGUAAUAUUUAUGACUUCAAAGAAUCAAUAAAUACAUGAUGAAAAAUAUUACUAAAAUAUUGUAAAUAGAAUUAUAAUUUUAGAUAAUUAUAUUAUAUAUUGAAUUAUUAUAAGUUUCGUGUAAUUAAGCAUAAAUAAUGUGGAAUGUGCUUGUCAUUGUAAUAUCGCUAACCUGUGAUCAUUUAUCAUAUAUUUUAAAAUAAAUAACAAUAAUUCUAUUUGUGCAUGAAGUUUAAAUUUCAGAAAAUGAAUAUCCUUUACAAACCGAAUAUAAAAUGUAUACAACCAGAGAAAGUACAAUAAUAUUGUAAACGAAUAUUUUUUAAACGGUUCAAACAUAACCUUACAUUUUGGAAAAAAUAUGAAAUUAGUUGAUAUAAGAAUCUCGUAGAAAACAUAUUAAUAAAGUAUAGCAUACUUAAGAAGAUUGUUAAAAUAAUGUACUGUAUACGCUUUAAUGGAUAAAAAUUAUAUUCUAUAUAAGAAAACAACACGAAAAAAAAUGUGCGACAAGUAUGUCAUUGGUUACUCAAUAUCUGAAAAAAAGCGACAAAAAUUUAAUUGGAAUGAUUUUUGUAGUGUUUGUGAAUCUGAAGGUUUUCUAUUAAAAAUGAUUGAUAUAAAUUCUGAUCUUGAACCUCAGGGACCAUUUCAUGUUUUUAUAUACAAAAUGACAGAUAAACUAGCACAUGCUGAAUAUGGUGAUCAAAAUGCCAAAGCAAUUAUUUCAAAAAUGAAAGAAUACUUCUGCCAACAUCCUGAAAUAAUAGUUAUUGAUCCUUUGGAUAAUAUUAGUAUUUUAAUAAAUCGUUAUAAAUCUUAUGAAAUCUUGCAAGAACAGUUACAACUCAAUGAAGUAUUUACUCCAAGGUUUAUAGAAAUUAAAAGUAAAAAUACUGUUGAAAAUAUAUCAUUGUUAAAAAUGGCAGGUAUUAAAUUUCCAUUUCUUUGUAAACCACUUGUCGCUCAGGGUUCAAAUGAUGCACAUAAGAUGAUGGUAAUUUUUAAUGAACAGGGUGUACAAGAUUGUCAGCCUCCUUGUGUAGCCCAAGAAUUUGUCAACCAUAAUGCAAUCCUUUAUAAAAUAUAUAUAGUUGGAGAAAACUUUCAUGUAGUUGAAAGACCUAGUUUCAAAAAUUUUUAUGAAAAAGACUGUACUGCAUUAAAUACAAUAUUUUUUAGUUCUCAUGAUAUAUGUAAGAGCGGUUCCAAAUCUAAAUGGUCAAUUCUUACGGAAGAAGACAUUCCAAUGACAGUAAAACCAAAAUAUGAAAUAUUAAAAAAAAUUGUCAAAAGAGUUACAGAUCUUUUUGGAUUACUUUUGGUUGGUGUAGAUGUUGUUAUUGAAAAUCAUACUGGAAAAUAUGCAAUUAUAGAUGUAAAUAUGUUUCCUGGAUAUGAUAGUUAUCCUAAUUUUUUUCAACAAUUAAUAAGUUGCAUUAAAAAAUUAUCAAUUGAACACAGAGAUAUACAACAACAUUUUAAAAGUUAUACAUUAAAGAAAUGUUUAAGUGAUGAUUUAGAUUCCGGUUUUGAAAGUGAUGAAAAAAAAAAAUAUUCUACAAAGACAAAUAAAUAAUAACGAAUAACGAAUAAAUUAAAAGGAUUAAUAAUUAUAUCAAACUGAUAUUACAAUUCACUAUAUUGUAACAAGUACAAAGCGAUAUAAUUUGAAAAAAUAAUAUAAACUUUUUUUUUAUAAUAGCUUAAAAUUUUGCCUUCAGAGGCAUUUAAAACUUAUAGCAGAUCUGCGUUUUUAUAACUAGAAUUACUUGCUUCUUUACAAAAAUUUUUUGAUUGUUUGUUUAUAGUAUAAGCUGGAAAAGAAUUAAUUUUGUUUACUAUCUACAUCGAAAUUUUUUAAUAAAUUAGUCUGUUGUGGUAAGAAACGCAUGACUGCCAAAGAAUAUUUUAUACUUUUCACUUAUAUACUAUAUUUGCAUAAGUGGUUGAAUAAACAACAUCUGGGAUUAAUGUAUGUAAUGUAUGUUUAUAAAUUUACAUUUUCAUUGUGAAAUAUAAAACUGUACAUUAAAAAUAUUAAAAAUAUAAUAAAAGGGUUACUGAAUA